UUGGAAACACUCUCAGAACUGGAGUGUGUCUUUGGUGAAACACCUCCUCGAUCCCCAGCUUUCUUUAGGAGGGCAGCAGCUUGCAGGGAGAAAGCGGGGAAGGUCUCUGGAAUCUGCAUCUUUCCUCUUUUUAGGGACACCACAAAGUGGCCUGGCUAGGGGGACCAAAUUGGAGGAGCUCCAGCUUAGCUCUGGGUGGAUGAUGAAGUCCUCUCCCAAUGGUUUCCGGCCGCGGGACCGUGUGAGCGCCCCUGAGUUGGCAACACGGGAGAGCCCUCCGAAUGCCAAGGCCGGGUCUUACGGCGUCACCGUCCGGGUCCAAGGGAUCGAUGGCCAUCCGUAUCUCGUGCUCAACAACACUGAAGGAGGCUUGUCAGCAAAUCUCUUGGGGCCUGAAAAUGGCCAACAGGUUGCAGCUGAUCAGCCGGCGGCAGAUUCUGCUCUUCCUGCCCUUGGACUCAUCCGGAAAAGCCACGAAGGGAGGCCCUUUGGCAGGCUUUGGGAUAAUGUGCCACCCAGUUGGAUCAAAAGCCUGAAGCAAGUCAGCAGCGCGGAGGGAAAGGAAGCCACCUCACCUUCCCAAGCUGAGAUUUCCCAGGCCUCUAAUUUGCUGAACUUCCAGAAAUAUCCAGAGCUGCUUCAACCCUAUAAUCCUGCAAACAGUAUCUUGAAUCUGAAGGACCUUCAGCCUCGCCUGCUGAGCAAAUCCCAGUCUCUUGAGGAUGAAGGGAAAUCGGAUUCCAGGCCUUGGAACCGGUCUUUGAGGGGGGCAGCAUUAGGUGACUCCACCCCCCAGUUUGCAGAACUGGCUAAAUCAAAACCAAAAACGGUGGACUUGACCAGGUCCUACCAAAACAAGCAGCAGCUGGGAAGCCCCAGUGAGGCUAACCAUCCUGGCGGAAGGCCUGAAUGGCUCACUUCUGGGGCAGGACCUUCACCUGCUGCAGGUUCCUCUGCCUGCCCGGAUCCUAGGAAAUGCAGGCCGGACCUCCUCCCUUUCCGCCAGCCGGACUCGGCAGGAGCAGCCCUGAAUGGUUCCCAGAAAUCUUUCUCUCCAUCCACUACUCCAACGUCUGCCACCUCUGUGUCCAGGUUUUUCCUAGAUGACCAAGAAUACGCCAUCUAUGCCGACCACGUCAACCGGCAUGAAAACCGGCGUUAUAUCCCAUUUUUGCCUGGAACCGGUCGUGACAUUGAUACUGGCUCCACUCCUGCAGUUGAAGAGCUGAUUGAAAAGUUUGACAGGAAAGUUUGUCCCCAAAGGAGUGGAAGGUUAGGGUUUAGGACUCGAACGCUCCCAGAGAACCCUAAGCGAUCCAAGAGCGUAGACAGCGCCUGGUCUCACGGGCCGCAUUCUGGGCGCAUCGGUGACUUCACCAGAAACCUAGGAAGAUCGUCGGAGCAUUUGGUCCAGUCCUCUCAAGUUUGCCUGCAGAAGCCGCUGUCUCCAGAGAAGAAGGCAACCCCUCUUGGGAAGCAGGUGGCCCCUCCGGUAGCAGGCAAGCUCCAGACAACCCCAGAAAUGAGAGCGUCUCCCAGCAGCCACUUCGGUUCCUUGCAGUAUCUGAGACAAGAUCAAAUGAACCCAGAGAGUUUGCCUUUGAAGUCUUCUACUCUUCCAAGGCAGCGUAAAAAAAGAGACCCUAAAACUCUGGCCUCCACUCUCCUGCUCCCAGAAAGCACCGGGAGUCAGACUCACUCAAAGAUGGAAACUUUUGCUUCUGGUUCAAAAAGUGCUCAGGUAACACCUGACCUGCUCAAGGGCCAGCAAGAACUUGCCCAACAAAGCAAUGAAGAGACGGCCAAGCAGAUUCUCUACAACUAUCUCAAAGAAGGUACUCGUGAAAACGAGGACGCUACCAAGAGGAAAGUCAACUUGGUAUUUGAGAAAAUCCAGACGCUGAAGUCCAGAGCAGCUGGCAGUCCCCAGACACCUGGUGGUGCUUCAGUGGAAGUUGACCUGUUGGUGGAAGAGAAGAAGCGAUUGACAAAGGAGGUUUCUGAGCUACAGAGGAAGCUGGACUUGGAAUUCAAGAGUCAGCAAAACUUCAAAGCUGAAAGGCAGACAAUGGAAGCCGAGCUUCAGAAGCUUCGACAACAGCUUGAAGAAAACAGGGAGGAGAAAGACACCCUCCGAAGGCAGCUGAAGGAAAGUGAGAACGACCUGAGAGAAAACCUGGAGGAGCUUUUCCAAAUGAAAAUGGAACGGGAGCAGCACCAGAGGGAGAUCCGAGACUUGCAGGAUCAACUGUCCGAGAUGCACGAUGAACUGGACAGCACGAAGCACGCGGAGGGCGAGAAGGAGCAACUCAUAGAGGAGCUGAUGCAAAUGAAGCAGGAGCUGCAGGUGCUGCUGGUGCUCCAAGACCAGCAAGAAAAGAUCCUGAAGAAACGUGAGCGGGAGCUGACGGCCCUGAAGGGCGUCUUGAAGGAAGAGAUGGCCAGCCAGGACCGGGAGAUUGGCCACCUCAAGGAGCAGCACGUCCAGGAGCUCCAGAGCCUGAGCGACAGCCUGGCCAAAGCCACAGAGGAAAUCGGUGCCCUGUCCAGUGCAAAGGCUGAAGCUGAGAAGGCGCAAAGGAGCCACGAAGGCCGACUGGCUGGGAUGGCCGAGCAAAACGGCCAGCUGAGGAGGGCCCUGGGGCAGCGGGAGAAGCAGCAGCAAGACCUGCAGCUGGAACUGGAAGACUUGAGGGGAGGCAAGGAGGAAGCCGAGGAAAGGCUGAGAAGCUGCAUGAGAGAGAUGCAGUCCUUGAGCCGUGCCAAGGAGGAAGCCUGCCAGCUGGCCUCGGCCAAGGUGUCCUUGGAAGCCCAGCUGGAGGACACCCAGCGGAAGAUCGGUCGGCUGAGCCAGGAGCAGCAGCAGCUGAUGGGCUGUCUGGAAGACGAAGCUUCCCAAAAAGAUCAGCUACAGAAGACGAAGCGCGAACUGGAGAAAGAGCGGCAGCAGCUGGACGGAACUGUUGAAACGCUGCAGAAGGAGAUGGCGGAAAUCGUUAAAGUGUCCCAGGAAUCAACCCAGAAACUCCAGAAGCAACUUGAUGAGUACAAGGAGAAGAACCAGCAGCAGUUGAGAGAUUCACAGCAGCAGCUGCAGGACAAAACCCUGGAGCUGGAAAAGGCCUCCCAGACCAUCCUCAGAAUGCAAGAGCAGGUACGUUGUAUGGAGGAAGAAUUACAGGGUCACAAAAAAGCCCAAAAAGAAAUCCUCACAAAGACUCGGCUUCUGGAAGACACGGUGAAGAACUUGGAAUAUGAACUGGAAACUAAAAGCCACUGGAAAGAAGAUCGGGCAAGACAGGCCAAGAUACUGGAGGACAAGAUAUCCCAGCUGCAGCUGGAGCUGGAAGAAGAACGGAACAAUUCCGAUAUCCUGUCUGGGAGGAUUGGCAGGGACAGAGAACAGAUGGAGCAAAUGAGGAGCAAACUCCUUCAGGAAAGGACAGCCAGGCAAGAACUGGAGGGCGACAAGACCACCCUGGAAAGGCAGAACAAAGAGCUGAGAGGCCAGAUCCUGCACCUGGAAGCCUCUCACAAGCCCAGCAAGGAAGGCCUUGUGGCCCAGGUGGAAGCCCGCCUCCUGGAGCUGGAGGAGCAGCUGGAGAGUGAGGAGAGGGACCGAGCUCACCUCCAGUUGAGCAACCGCCGACUGGAGAGGACUGUGAAGGAGCUCCUGAUGCAGGUGGACGAUGAACACCUCUCCUUGACUGACCAGAAGGACCAGCUCAGCCUGCGCCUGAAGGCCAUGAAGCGGCAGGUGGAGGAAGCAGAGGAAGAAAUAGACAGGCUGGAGAACACCAAGAAGAAGCUUCAGAGGGAGCUGGAAGACCAAGUGGACCUCAACGACCAGCUGCAAGGACAACUGACCACCAUCCGGCAGGACCUCAGACGCCAGAAGACUUCCAGUAAGCUGCUGAGCGACUUUGACUAUGAGGACGAUGAGGACUUCAGCACUGAUGGGGAGAGCCUUCUCGAUGCCCCCUUGGGGUUGAAGUCCUUCAAGCACAGCGACGGCCAAGCCAGGAAGGAUGCCAACGCCUUAAUGGCCGGGACUCAAGGCUCCGCGGAAUCCAGGCACCACCGGCUGCAGGAAUCGUAGCGUCAGGUGACCGUGGCUCCUUUUUCUUAAAUGUGCCUAAAUGUUCAGGUGUAUUUCAGAAAGAAACUCUUGUGAACGAAAAGGCCUUCCAGUUCACACCUUCAGGGAGGCUUCCAGCUCUGAGCACCUGGCUGGCCCCAGACUGCCCCCAACUGGGGGUCUUUCCCUUGGAAGCUGUUUCAGAGGAGGGGAGGGAGGGUGUUUGUUACUAGAGCAGAGGAAGGAAUAUACAGAGCGGGAGGUGAGAAUGUACAUAUUUUUGAAUCAUGAUUUUUUGCAACUCUUGCAACGUUUUUGUGUAGUUCCAUGCUUCUGUAGUGCAUAUCAACAGUGCAUAAGCCUUAAAACCCUGUUGCAGUAAACUCCAUUUGUUCAGCAAACGUGUUUAUGAGCUGAAGGAGAGCAGCGUGGCCUUGGGAAGGUGGAAAAAACAGGACACCAGGAGCCAUUUCCGCUCAGAAAAACUGUUCCCUGUUCCCCGUCUCGGCUUCCUUGCUCUGGCUUCCAGGGAUCAAGUCGAUGGGAGACGGCUGGCUCCUGGUCUUGCCACCCUUCAGGAAAGAGACUUUUGCUCCGACCUGGGGCAGCCCCGGGUGCAGAGGAGAAGCGGGGCUGGCCUGGCCUGCUGGAGCCACGGCUGCCUUUGGGUUUGGAGCUGGAACAGCUGCUUGGCUCUUCCUGGAUGGCAAUAACUGCUCCUCUGGUGGGUUAUAAAGGGCUGAGAAGCACACCAGAAAAAGCAUUUCUGUUUUCUUGUCCUCCAGUUUUGAUGGUAGCUGCCUGUAAGUGGCAUUUGAAUGCCCUCGAAGAACUUGCGAGUGUUUGCAAACGUUUCUAUUAUGAUCUGCAUUUUUAUCUUUCCACCAAAUCUUUGCUCUGUUAGGACAACCUUUAAUGAGGAAAUAAUAGUAUUACCAGCCCUGGGCAACUGUUCUUUUCUACCACUUUGUCAAAGCGUUCAAUUUGAAACUGGUUAGCCUCCAAUGUCUUUUUUUAGAGUCCACAUUGAGGAUGUUAAAUUCCAGCAUAAACAAAUCCUGGAAGCUGCACAGUCCCUUGAGAGAGGGAAAGUAAUGCUCCCGAAAAGCUCUGGCAUCUGGCCUCUGUGGGUUUGCGAGUGGAACCUUAAGGAGGGUCUGCUUUGACUCCACAACAUCCUUUGGGCUUUAGAGCCAAUUCACUCCAUGGGACACGCCAGGAUCGGGCUUCCCUCCCACCCACAAAUCCCAAGGGCCGCAUAGUAGGAGCAGAGACCAUAGACUGAGGAAGGGAACGGGAGGAGGGAAGCCGAGGAUUCGGAUUUGGGCUUUGUGAGCAUGUCUGCACGUGCGUGUGCCUCAAGUGCAGAGGCAGGACGUCAUCAUGUCCAGCUGACCUGUUCAUGGAAGGAGGGCCGCUGGUCUUGGUGGCAGUUGACUGCUGCUGUCUCUGGUGGCCACGUGGCUCUUUCUGUUGCCGUGAGAGUUGAAAAAAGCAAAGUUCUGCUAGCUUGCUGAGCCAAGAAGAAGCGGCUUUUUCCUUGGCAGAAGACCCAGGUGGAGCCCCUGGCCAGCCUGCUUGCUGGUUCAGUCCCGCCAUCUCAGGUGGGGAAGGAGAACCCUUGUGGAAGAGGAGGUGGCAGGUGGAGCGACCGAGCACCUUCUGCUCCCACAGGGAAGGGGCCUUGUUCCAAUUUCAUAGAAUUCUGUUAGUGGGAGCCACAAAAGAUCACAGAAGAUAACCUGAAAGAUUGGAACUUCUUGACAGACGGUUUCUGAUCAUAGCAGAUAAAGCAGGACAGAUCUUGAAACCAGAUAGUGCUUUUUUUGCUCCAGUUCUUCAUGAAUGAGAUCGUGAAGUAAUUUGUCCAAAUUGUUCAGGUAACUUUAGAGCACGGGUGCCAAACAUGCAGCAUCACGUUUCCGUCACAUCAUGUAUGGUGAUGUUUUUCCCCUUUGCGGAGCUGGGGUGACGCAUCCAGCCUGUAGGCCGCCCGUUUGACAUGCCUGCUUUAGAGCUUGUGUCCUGCCAAGAGAGAUAAGGAGCCGAUUGACUCCUUGAUGUCAUGAUCUGAAAAUAUGUGUCAAAACGUAUUGUAAAGCAUUUGUAUCCACUGAUAGGUAAUGGGGAAAUAUUUGCCCUGAGAUGUACUUGAUUUUCAACAGAUUUAUUCUCAGGAAGUUUGCAGCUAAUCUGAAUGAGAUGCAUUUUCUUUAUCUGUCAAUAGCUUUUAAAAACAAGGAAGAAAUGACCUGGAAAUGUGCUGUGUUGACAAUCAGUUCAAACUCUUGUAUUUUUUCUUCUGAUACUAAAAUGCCACCUUUAUUUUAAUACUAUUCUUUACAACUCUCUUCUUGGAUCGUGUCUGAGCAAGCUGAAGACAAAAAUCUGUUGGGAAACAAAUUUACUUUUAAUUUCAAGGGCUUUUUACUGGAAAAACGUCCAGUAUAAACUGAGACUGAGACUGUAAAGAAUUUGGAGAAAAACCAAGGAAUUUUUGCAGCUACCUCCAGACAUGCUAAACCAUAAAACUCUAGUUAUUUUGAAAUAAAUGGUAAAUCUUUCUGC